AAUAAUAAAUUUACUGCCAGUGGCAAUGAAAUGCGCUGCUCACAAAAACCUCGGAAUUAUCAGAGGUUAUCGUCUCUUUUUAUAUUUGUGCUAAAAUGUUUUGUACCUACUUACCUGUGUGCUCUUUUAGUGUCUGAAGUGAAUUGUGUGUUUCUUCAAUUUUCAGCUAAUAAACUAUUAAUUUACACAAAGAACAAAACAUGAAGUUUCCUAAAAACCUUUUCUUAGUGCUGUUCUAUACAAGCUGGAAAUUUUGUGAUGUUUGUGCAUACACUCCUUCACAUCCUCUUGUCUACACCAAGUAUGGCUCUGUUAUCGGAUCAGUGGAAUAUUCAAGAAACUCGAGAGCUUACAUGUCCUUCAAAGGAAUCCCAUUUGCGAAACCCCCAGUCGGAGACUUACGAUUUAAAGCGCCUGAACCACCAGAACCGUGGAAUUUUUCUAUAAACGGAACCAAAGACGCCCCAUUUUGCAUCCAGAAAAACUACUUCUUUAGCAACCCAAAGGUAGAAGGAAGCGAAGACUGUUUGUACUUAAAUGUAUACGUCCCAAAAACUGAAGGCAGCCAGCUUUUGCCCGUAAUGGUGUUCAUCCACUGGGGCGGAUUUUUCGCCGGCCGGGGCUCCAGCGACUACAUUGGCCCUGAAUACAUCAUGGAUAAGGACGUUAUCUUGGUCACUUUCAACUACCGCUUGGGCGUGUUUGGAUUUUUGUCCACACUGGACGACAACGCGCCUGGAAAUUUCGGCCUGAAGGACCAAGUCAUGGCUUUGAAGUUCGUUCACGAAAAUAUUGAAUGCUUCGGUGGCGACAACAACAGAGUGACAAUAUUCGGCCAAAGUGCAGGCAGCGGCAGUGUCAACUUGCAUUUAAUAAGUCCAGCCUCGAGAGGCUUGUUUCAGCAAGCCAUCAGUCAAAGUGGGGCUGCUUUGGACUUGUGGGCACGACCACUGAACGCCCUGCAGCCGAAUGUCACCGCUGCACUUGCUGCAUUUACCGGAUGUUCCGCACACAUAGGCAGCAGUAAAGAUAUUGUUGAUUGUUUAAGGAAAAUUGAAGCCACCAAAUUGGCCGAAACUGCCGACAAUUUCAAAUAUUUUUCCAUCGAACCGCUGACUCCGUAUUCAAUGGUCACGGAAAAACAAACAGACGCCAACCCAAACCCCUUCCUAGUCCAAGAUCCUCUGGAGUCGCUGAAAGCUGGCGCCUUCAUGAAAAUCCCCUGGAUGGUGGGUAGUGUCCAAGAUGAAGGAAUCCUCAGAGCUGCUCCUUUGAUCAGACAGCCGGAAACUUUACAAACGCUUAACUCCAACUUUGAAAAACUGAUAACGCAAAUGUUGUUCCUUCAAUUCAGUGCUGGGGCGAACGCAAGCUCACUUUUAAAAAAUAUGACCGACUUUUACCUCGGCGGGAAAUCCCUCAUAGACGUAAAUAACCCGAAAAGUGUUCAAGGAUUUAUCAAUUUAUACGGCGACAGGGCGUUUCAUUAUGGCAUUUACCAAACUGUUAUUUUGCAAUUGAGAAAGGGACACAAACCGAUUUGGAUGUACAAUUUCAAUUACAAAGGCCAGUACAGUUAUGGUGAUAAGUUUGCCGCGACGGACAAAAACGUAAACUUUACGUGGGGUGUGAGCCACUGUGAUGAUUUGCUCUAUCUAUUCAAGUCGCCUGGGCUUUUCGCCAACUUGCAGAAAGACAAUGAUAUUCUUAUGAGCAAAACUAUGGUGUCUUUUUGGACAAAUUUCGCGAUUUAUGGAAAUCCCGAUCCUCAUCAAAAUCUCAACUGGAAUAGCUUGAAUUUUGAGAAGCCAGAGGGCGUCAAAGUUGCGGAUUUGAAUAUAAUGCAUAUUACUGGAAACCACGAAACGGGCAAGAUUGCUUUUGAUGUUGAGAAAAGCCAAAUUCUUGACAGGAUCGCAUUUUGGGCGAAACAAAGUCUUCUUGAAAAUUUCCCUGACUUCGGCUAAUUACUUACUACUGUGUGUUUUACUUUUUUAAUUUAUAUUGAUUACCUUAUUGAUGUACAAUUCCAAUAAAAUUAUUCUUUUAAAAAAA